ACGGGCACAUCACACACACAUACAGAGGAGAUCGACUUGAUCCUCUCGAUCCCUUUUGACUCCCUUCCUGCCCCCGCCCCACAGCAAAUCUCAUUGCCUCAUUCAUCGCACUCCGACUCCGCCUUUGCUUGCCGAGCUCCUCCGGUGUCCAACAAGAGCAAGGCGGGAAGAGAUGGACAGGCUUAACGCCAAGCUCUACAUGCAGAACUGCUACAUCCUCAAGGAGAACGAACGGCUGCGCAAGAAGGCCCAGCUGCUGAACCAGGAGAACCAGGCCCUGCUCAGCGAGCUCAAGCAGCGGCUCGCCAAGACCGCGGCCAGCAAGGCCACCGGCAACGGCAACGCCGGCGCCGGCGUCCGUGGGCCCCUCCCCGACCUCAAUGCGGCUCCACCGGCACACGCCGUCCAUGACAAGGCGGCGCCCAAGCCCAAGAAGACUGUCGCAAACUGAAGCAGCUUGCUUGGGUACUGGAGAACAUAUUCAGUGCUUUCACCCAUUAGGUAGUACGUACUGGCACUGGAUAUGUUCUCCUUGGUACUCUGUGCUGCUAUGCCAUCGUGUAGGGUUUGUGUUUGUUACCGCUAAGGGUCUAGCUCUGGAUGUUGGGAAUGUUUGCUUCGUUUUAGCUAUGGAACUGCAUGCCUACGUACUGUUAUGUAGCAGAGUCUUCCUCCUUCUGAAUGGAUAGAUAGAUCAGAUCAACUAGGAGUAUAUAAAGAUGGCAGUGGCAUUGGACCA